UAGACUCGCAUGCUGAUUCCCCUUGGCUAGUAAUGGCUGCGCCCUUGAAAAGUACAGCAUUAAUACAUCGACUGUGUUUAGACGACUGUAAACAUUACUGUUAACUGUUGUAAAAAGCUUUUGUCAGCACGAAGGCAAUAUCUUCGGCAUACAUUGAAAUAUAACAGCUGAACGCCUCUCCAUAGGAAACAGGAACAGUCUUGUCUUCCUUGUUAAUAAUAGCUGUUCCAAGAUCAAGGGAAUCAGGCAGAGGGACUUGGCAGCCUCUUGUCAUCUGCAAAUCCUCAGGAAGGCAUCGCGUAUACUAUUUCUGAUCGUAAUGGCAGGAUCAGUUUGGCGGUCGUGGUAUGUGCAAAAAGUGUUGGCAAGACAAUCCUUCAGCACGACACAGUGUCUGCAAGAGCUGCGCAAACUGGCUCGAGUUCGAGUAGUUGACAACAGUGCUUUAGGGCGUGCUGCAGUUGCCAUAGGGAAACCAGCCCGAAUUAUUCAUGUAUAUAACAAGCGGGAAGUAGGUUACCUUGGAGAUAAAGUCCUAUUGGCAAUAAAAGGGCAAAAGAAACAUGCUUAUAUUGUUGGCCUGAAACAAAAACAAAAACCCAACAUACCUCGUUUUGACAGUAACAAUGUGGUGUUAGUGGAGGAGAAUGGAACACCUGUUGGCACACGCUUAACAGCACCUAUUCCUUCAGUACUGCGUAACAAGGAAGGUGACUUCACAAAGAUCCUCUCACUUGCUACCAGAUUUGUUUAAUAGCAUGUCCUCUGUUCCAGAAGGCAUGAACUUAAAUGUUUUCAAAUGACUUUUCUUUCCUCAUAACUGACUCUUUGUAGUAUUGUGAAGAGUUGAUGGCAAGCACGAGAGAAUCUGAUCAGUCUGUGAAUAAAUGCUUUUUAAAUUGUA